AAAACGGGCGCCCAACGCGCAAAUCCCCACAUAAUAGCAAUCUUCCAAGCCUCUUUCAUCUGAUUUGUCCACCAUCACGAUUCCUGUCACGAUUCGUGCCACGAUCUUUUUCAUCUUUGAAUAUCUAUGUCUAUGGCGCAAGACGAGUUGCUGGAUAACGGGCUCCGAGUGGUUCGCCGCUUCAUAACCGAUCAUGACGCUGAAGGCAAGGAAAAAUUAUCAGAGGCUGUACCAGACACUCUGGAAUGGCAGCAAUUAGCAAAUGGCGCAAGAUUCAGCUUGGGUUAUGCUACAGAGGAACAUCCUGUGAAUUUUAACGACAAUGCCGAUAUUACAAUAUAUAAGAAAAAUCUUGCAGAUCUCCCUGGCGUCAUAAUUCCUGGAGGGACGGUUCUGCGCGUCGUGGAUAUGGACCCGGGCUCAACAUCACCUAUGCAUCGUACCAUCAGCUUGGAUUAUGGCGUUGUGCUUGAAGGAGAGGUGGAACUGAUCUUGGAUUCUGGAGUAACGAGACUGCUGCGCAGGGGCGACAUAGUAAUUCAAAGGGGAACAAAUCAUGCGUGGAGAAAUGCUAGCUCUACAAAAUGGGCUCGGAUGCUCUACGUGCUGCAGGAAGCACAGCCACUGCAAUUUAAUGGGAAAACUCUAGAAGAAGAUUACGGCGGUGGCAUGGACGAUGUCAAGUCAUCAGCGAGGAAGUAGCAGGACAGACAGGAUCUACAGAAUCACUAUAUUGUCUCUCGCCCCAAGAUUUCCAUUCAGACAUAUUGACCAGGUGCGAAUUCCAUUACA